CUGAAAUUUUAAAUUAGAUAAGCCACCGCCCAGCAAAUCCUUAUUUUUUCCCUAAUACCAAUAAUCCUUAUUGGAGCUUGCUUCGUCAACGUCCAGUACCUCUCUUCCACGUCCGUCUCUGCGGUGUGCCAACUUCCUGGAAUCCCUUCCCUCGCUGUCCGAUACUCGGUGGUUCCUCUCUUACCCUCAAACUAGUCAUCCCGCUGGAGUUGGGAAAGAUGCCUCGGGUAGGUCGUUUCACGAAGAAAGCCCGUAUAGACAGUGCAUGUCAACAGCCUCAAGUGGGAGGUAAUGCAGCUUCAACUUCCCAGAGAGCGGACUGCCCAAUUCUACCAUCCAAUUCUAGUGCCCCCACCUCCUCAUCUUUGCGCCCCUUUCGUCCGCCCCGAACCGAACCACUGCCUGCUCCACAAGCUUCCAUGAAUGAUGUUCAAAACUCGGAGCCGGACGCCGAAGAGGUAGACCAGGAAGCAGAUGAGGUAGAUUCUCUUGACCAACAUGUUGAUAACCUUCUUGCUGCACAGAAUGCUCAGAAGCGCAAGGGACGCAAGACCACAGAAUUUUGGGAUGUUAAAACAAUUGAAUCCGAUGGCACAAUCAAACAGGUCAAACUGAGUGUGAAGGAAGCUAUGAAGCCACCUAACGGAAGAAAGGUCGUACUCAGGUUUAACAAUGCACUGCAACCAGUUGGGGAUGAAGCAGGUCUACUGAGCGGCGUUAUGGGACUGCUAGGAUCUGACUACACCAAAUUCCCAAUUCACGAGAGGGACUGGAGAAAGGAAAUGUUCCAUUUUGAAGAAGAUAGUAGAGGAAUUAUAAAAGGUAUAAUAUCCAAGAUGCUAGGAAGGGCUUGGAAGGAAACAAGAAACAGAUUAUACCAUCGCUACUAUGACGCAGAACUUUCACUUGCAGCAAAUAUUGAAAACCGCCCAGAUGGAAUUACUGCAGACCAUUGGAAAAGAUUUCUCGAUUAUCGCAACAGCGAAGAGACACAGGAUAAGUGUAAGAAAAAUGCCGAGAAUCGAUCAAAGCAGCUUUACACCCACACUGGUGGAUCGAAAAGCUUGGCAAGGCUCGGAGAAGAAGAGUCGGAACGACAAGGGAGGAUAGUUAGUAGAGGAGAGUUGUAUCUCUUAACGCACAAAAAAACCAAUGGCUCCUAUAUCCAUGAUGCAGCUCGCGCUAUUGGAGAAAGAAUUGAGGCUAUUGAGCAAGGCGAUGAAUCUUCUAGACUGUUAUCCCAGAAUGAUUCGCUUGCUCAAGCUCUCGGAAGAGAGCGCCCGGGUAGGGUGCGUGGAAUGGGGUUGGGACCGACUUCUAGUCAAGUCUUCGGUAUGAAUUCCAAUCAACAGAGCAAUGGUUUUGAAAGGGAGGAGACCCAAAGGGUGCUGCUUGAACUGCAAGCAGAGUUGCCAGCAGAGAAAUUGAAAAGGAAGGCAGUGGAGGAUGAAGUAGUAGUCGAGAAGACCAAAAGACAGGCAGUGGAGGAUGAAGUAGCAGCCGAGAAGACCAAAAGACAGGCAAUGGAGGAUGAAGUAGCAGCUGGGAAGGUCAGGAUGCAGGCAAUGGAGAGUGCUUUGAUAUGUCUACUUCAAGGGCAAGGUAGGAAGCUGCCAUCAGACGUCGCAACAUGGAUGAGUGCGUUGGAGGGACAAAAUAGAAAGUAG